UUAAACAGGUAUUGGAUACAACACAAUCCUGUUCACUUUGAUAUGGAUUCCAGAUUACGUUUGGCAACCAAACGUCUGGGCCAGCUAUUACUAGCAGAAGGCAACACUAAAUUAAAAGAACUUAUUGAUCUCUCUCAAGUCCCUUCAUAUGAUUGGAUGAGAAAUAUGUCUGUACGAAAUCCUUCUAGUCAUAAUAGAAAAGUUUCAUUAGUCUUCAACCAUUUAGAACCAGAGGAAUUAGCUGAACAGUUAACAUAUUUAGAAUAUAAAGCCUUCCGUAGAAUACAUUUUUCUGAUUAUAAAAACUAUGCAGUGACAGCGUCAUUAAAAGAAAAUCCUAAAUUAGAAAGAUCUAUAGCUUUAUUUAAUGGUUUAUCACAGUGGGUACAAUGUAUGGUAUUAAGUAAAACAACACCUCAACAACGGGCUGAUGUCAUCACCAAAUUCUCUAAUGUAUCAAAGAGAUUACGUUCAUUACAAAACUUCAACACAUUAAUGGCAAUAGUUGGUGGUUUAACACAUAGUGCAUUAGCUAGAUUAUCUAAAACUAAUGCUUGUUUACCAUCAGAAACACAAAAGACUUUGAUGGAGUUUACUGAGUUAUUAUCAUCUAAUAAUAAUUUUAUUAAUUACCGUAAAGUUUAUCAUCAAUGUACAGGCUUUAAAAUACCUAUCUUAGGAGUUCAUUUAAAAGACUUGAUAUCCCUACAUACAGCUUUACCAGAUAGAGUUGAAGGCAAUUUAAUUAAUUUCCGUAAAAUGGCCCAAUUAUCGUUAAUGUUACAAGAAUUAACAGGAUUACAAAGAGUUGAUAAUAUACCAGUAGAUGCUAAUAUGGAUCUAGUCAAUACAUUAAGGUUAUCAUUAGAUUUACAUUAUACUGAGGAUGAAAUAUAUGAGUUAUCAUUAGCUAGAGAACCAAGAGGUUCGGUCUCAUCUCCCACUACGCCAACUAAACCAGUCAUGUUUGCUGAUUGGAUAUCUGGUGUUAGUCCACCUGAUUCUAAUACUAUCAAUAAACAUGUACAUGAUAUGGUAGAGGCUGUAUUUAAGAACUAUGACCAUGAUAAAGAUAGGUUUAUAUCUCAUGCUGAAUUUGAUGCUAUAGCUGGAAACUUUCCUUUUAUUGAUUCUUUCUAUGUUUUGGAUGCUGACAAAGAUGGUAUGAUCAGUAAAGAUGAAAUGAAGACAUAUUUUAUCCGAGCCAACUGUUAUGCUUUACGCAAUAGUUUUAAACAUGAUUUUCAUGAAACCACAUAUUUUAAACCUACUUUCUGUAUACACUGUACUGGCUUGUUAUGGGGAAUUAUUAAACAAGGAUGGAAAUGUAGAGAAUGUAGUAUAAAUGCUCAUAAACAUUGUAAAGAAUCAGUUGUAAUGGAAUGUCGGAAAGUUAGUGGUACUAAACGUGCAGAUUCUAUAUCCAAUGGUAAGGUUUCUUAUAGGCUCCUUGUAUCCAAUCACAGCUGUUAUAUUAUUUCUUGCUAA